AUGAUAUCGCACAAAUCGUUUCAUUUUCAGAAAAGGCGGCGGCCAAAGGUUGAAUAUAUUUCGGAUGGCCGUAAGGUGAUCGACGGGGUGAUUGAGGAUGAACAACAACCGAACGCGCUUUGGACAACUACCAUAUCGCGAGGUGUGGCCCAUGACUGGAGGGAAAGAGCAGAAGGAGGACCGUUUUAUAGAGCUAAGCAAUAUGGUAGAGUGUACGAAUUGUUCAUCAACAUACUUGUCAUCCCUCCAUUCCACCCUACAGCCAGCUCAAAGGAGGCGAAAACAUCUCACCUCGGUCUGCAACAUAACUCGCUAUUCUUCGAACACAUCGCGGCAUGGCGAUUCAAUCCCUUCUCUUUCGCGACCAUCGUGACAUACGACAUGAAAGCGCUGGUGCAGCGUUCAGUGCGAAAUUAUGGCACCAUCAUAUUGCUCAUCAUUAAUUUCUGUCUAGGCAUCACGAUCUUCCGAUUAUUCAAAAUCUUGUGA